GAGCUAACAGCAUUGCAGACAACUUCCUCUGGCAUUCCAGAUUCUACCUUCCAGUACCUUGUAAAAAGAAUUUUUUUUCGAAAAGCACAAUGUUGGGACUUUUCAGCAGAACUUUGGCAAAGGCGAGGACAGUGAAACCCACAAAUAUGAUGACAUUCAGUCACUGGUUGAAACCAGGAACUCAGGUUGGUUGCAGAGGCAUUCAUCAGCAGGACGGACUGCCCCGUCUGCCUGUUCCUUCACUGAAGCAGACCUGUGAGCGCUACCUCAAAAUUCUGGAGCCCAUUAUGGGGAUGGAUGAGCUGAAUGACACAAAGAAGGUGGUGACCGAGUUUCUGAAAGAAGGCGGGGUUGGAGAUAAACUACAGGAAGGCCUAGAGAAGAAAGCACGCGACACAGAGAACUGGUUGACAGAUGAUUAUGUUCAGAAUGAUUAUCUGAACGUUCGGGAACCUGCAGUGAUUCACAGAAAUCCUGUACAGGUCUGUCCCCGAAAGAUCUUCAGGGAUAAGCGUGAACAAAUAAGGUUUGCUGCCGAGUUUAUAGUUGCUCUGUUGAAUUUAAAGACAACGAUUGACAAUGAGGAACUACCAGUUGACUACAUGAGAGGGAAGCCACUGUGUAUGAAGCAGUAUGAGAAGGUGAUGUCAAGCUGUUGUCCUCCUGGUCUGAAGACGGACACAUUGGUGUUCUAUGGCAAGAGCUCCAACCCUCCCAAACACAUCACUGUGGUUCACAACUGCCAGUUCUUUGUGCUGGACGUGUACAACAGUGAUGAGAUGCCGCUGACAGUUGACCAAUUCUGCGUUCAGCUGGAGAAGAUUUGCAACUCAUCGUCACUGACCAACAUGGAGCCUGUGGGCAUCCUCACUUCACAGCACCGUGACAUCUGGGGCAAAACCUACUCUAACCUCAUGAAGGAUAAGACCAACAAAGAAUCGUUGUCAGCUGUUGAAAGCAGUAUCUUCACGGUGUGCUUGGAUAGAGCGAUGCCCCCAGUGUCUGAUGACAUGUACUGCAACAGCGUUAUUCACCACAUACUGCACGGUGGAGGCAGCCAAUACAACAGUGGAAAUCGUUGGUUCGACAAAGGGAUUCAGGUAAUUGUUGCAGAGGAUGGAAGUUGCGGUGUAAACUUUAUGCACACAAAUAUGGACGGAGAAGUCUCCAAUAGGUUUAUUGGCUAUGCUAUGGAAUACAUGAAAAAGCUACAGACAACUCAGUCUUCCAUGGAGGCUUUGCCCAAUCCACAGAAACUGCACUUCAACAUCACACCUGAGAUAAAGAAGGACAUCGAAGAUGCCAAGCAGCACAUUGACAUACUGAUCCAAAACCUGAAUGUGACAUAUACAACUUUUGAGCACUUUGGAAAAAAUGCCAUGAAGGCCUACAAGAUGAGUCCUGAUGGUUUCGUUCAAAUGGCUGUGCAGCUGGCCUACUACAGGAUGCACCAGCAGUGCUCUAUUCAACUGGAAUAUGCCACCCUGCGUAUGUUCAGACUGGGACGCCUUGCUACAAUUAAUUCAACUUCUACUGCCUCCGUUGCCUUUGUCAAGGCCUUUGAUGAUCCCAAAACAAAGGUUUGACACAUGCACCUCUCUCUUGGGGGCAGCAGCCUUAACAAGGUAAUCCAGACAGCCCUCUCUCUGGGCACUACUACGAGCUCCUCUGCGGGGAUUCCAAGGCAUUCCCAGGCCAGCUGAUAAUCCCUCCAGCGUGUCCUGGGUCGUCCCCUGGGUCUCCUCCCAGAAGGACAUGCCUGAAACACCUCCACAGUGGAGGUGACCAGGAGCUAGGGCUGAACGAUAUGGACAAAAUUUCAUAUCUCGAUAUUCAUGGCAGAUAUCUCGAUAUCGAUAUGAUACGAUAUGACUACAGGUUCGGUGAAAACCAAGCAUUUUUCCAAAAAAUAAAAACAUCAUAAUACAAAAGACUGUGGAAACUUUCCACAUGGAAAGUGCAGUUUUAUUGAUGAGAACUCACUGUGAGACUGUGUACACGGGUACCAUGUCUUUUGCAAAGUCUGAUGUUAUAGCGUCUGUAACGCCUUUAUGUCUGGUGGACGUCGACUCAUACGGUGUAAC